AUGGAAGAAUCCAAAUUAUCACAUCAUAAAAAGGCAGCAUUAAGUGGAUUUAGUUCGGAUACUCAUUUAAAUGCUUUCUUACGUGGUGAAAUAAGCCAAGAAAUGGUACCACCAUUUUGUGAUACAUCAUUUUUCACUACAAUUGUUAGCCAUGUACGAAAACAACCAAAUAUACAAGUGGAAGAUUGUCAUAGCGCUUUGAAAAGCUUACAGGCAGUGAAAGCUUUUUCGGAAAAGAAAAGUAUAACCGGAAAACCAUCUUCGGUUGGUAAACAAUUUCAGCAUUCAUUAUCACGAUUAAUGAAAACAUUAUCUCAAGCAACACCUUAUUUUAUCAGAUGUAUUAAAUCUAACAACGAAAAGAUUCCGAAUCAUUUUGAUGAUAAUAUUAUUUUACGACAAUUACGCUAUACAGGUAUGCUUGAAACGGUACGCAUACGUCGAGCUGGUUAUAGUGUUCGUAUUGAAUAUGAGGAUUUUAUCAAACAAUAUCGAAUGCUUUUACCGAAAGGUUGUGAAAGUACCACAGAAGAUGUUAAGGAAUUUAUCAUGCAACAUGCAUUAAUUGAUAAUAAUGAGGUGCAAUUUGGAAUCACUAAAGUAUUUAUGCGUGAUGCUGAGAAAUUAAUUCUUGAUGAUCAUCUUCAUCGAGUAAUUAUGAAGCAUAUUGAAACAUUACAAGGAUGCAUUCAAUCAUUGAUAAUAAGGCGUAAAUAUAUCAAAUUACGUAAUACAGUUAUUGCAAUACAGGCAGCAAUUCGUGGGAUGAUUGUAAGAAAUCGUUUACGUGAAAUGUAUGAUGCAGCAUUAAUAAUUCAACGAAAUUGGAAACGUUUUAAGGUUGAGCAUAGAUAUCAGCAAAUUCGUCGCGCAAUUGUCGCUAUACAAGCACAUUAUCGUGGUGCAUAUGCUCGAAGACGAUAUGAAGAAAUGAGAAAGGAAAAUAAUCCAAAGAAAUACAAACAUUCGCCAAAUUUUACAAUAACAAAGAUUGUACGAAAAAUGGAAUUAGCAUCGUUUAAUUUGAAUGAUCUUGAAUCAUUGGCGCAAUUUGCAAGUUCAGAUGAGGAUGAUGAAGUAGCAUCAACAAGUGCUAGUAUACCAGAUGAGGAAGAAGAGGAAGAAGAUAGUCGAAGUUCAACUGAAUUAGAUAGUGUUCAUUUGGAAACAGAACUUGAUGCAACAUUCAUAUUAGAAGAUAAAAAAUUAAAACUUGUUGAGACAUCACGAGAUUCAGCAAUUUUCAAAAGGCGAAUAAGUUCAGUAUCAACUGUUACAACAAAAAAGAUGAAAAUGUUUCGAAGAGCUGCAAGCACAGAAACUGAUCGAAUUUCAAUUCCUGAACAUAUGAUACCUGCGAGUCCAGAAAGUAAGAGCAAAAGUCGAAAGAUGGGUUUCAUGCGAGCUACAAAACAUUUGAAGGCAUUUUUAUCACGACGUAGUGAUAGCAUCUCAGGUACUGGUGAAAGUCGAGAUUCACUUAAUACAAGCAUGACACAAAUCGAAGGAACUAAAACGCCAAUGAAACAUAAUUUAAAAUUAAGUCGAUUACAUCGUCAUGAAAUUUGUGCAUUAUGCAGUAAGAAUUUUACAGGUAUAUUGAUAAAGGGAAACAAAUGCACAGAAUGUAAGUUAUCAUUCCACAAAGAAUGCUCUUCAUUUGCAUCAAAUAUUCCUUGUCAAGCAAUAAUUCAUUCAGUUCGUUCGGAUGAUAUGCCAUCAAGAAAGGAAUCGGAAAUAAAAUCACCAAAACAAUCAUUUGCACCACUUAUCCUUCAUCCAACUAAAUCUUUUAGUCUACAUAAAACUAAACAACAGACUGAUCCUAGCGAUAUGAUUAUUGAAAGUGACAACGACUUGCGACAAUUCAAUGUAUUUAUUUUCAAAAAACUAACGAAAUUGGAGAAUAAUAAGAUGAAAAGAGAUACACAAAUUGAUGCAAUUUUCAAGAAAGCAUUCAAGGAAUUUCAUAUGGAAAUUAUUGGCUAUGAAGCGGUUCUCAAUGAAAAUAAAACAGUGCUAAAGUAUCGCGAUCUUAUUACUAUUUUUGAAGGUUCAUUAACUAAAGUUUCAGCACAAGAACAGGUAACAUUUCCCACGACACUUGGUGUAAAUGCUUUUCGUGGAUUCUUAAAUGAAUUUAUGCAUGAACAAACAAAAAGUAAGAAAUCAAGUAAGAAAUCGAAUGUUCUUGAGAAUGUUCGCAAAAAACGAAGAAAAUCCGAUGCAACAGUGACAUAUAAUGGUCAUCGAUUCAAAUUAGAAUACGUUCAUGUACCAACAUAUUGUGAAGUGUGCAAUUUAUUCAUGUGGCAUGCUGAAAAAAUUUUUAUUUGUAAAGCAUGUCGUAUAAGUUGUCACAAGAAAUGUCAUUCAAAGAUUACGACAAGUUGUACUCAAUCGUUACAGCAAGCAGAUUCACAAUCUGGUGGACGAUUUUUUGGUGCUAAUUUGAGUAGUCUUGUGGAUGAACAAGAAACAAUUCCAAUUGUUAUCAAUAAAUUAUUUAUAGCUAUUGAGCUUAAGGCUCUUUUUGUUGAAGGAAUUUAUAGGAAAAGUGCAGCAAUUGGACAAGUACGUAAUGCACGUCGAGAAAUUGAAAAUGCAGACUUUAAAACAUUAACAUUUGAUGAUGUUCCAACGCAUGUUAUGACAACUUUAGUGAAAUCAUUUUUCCGUGAACUUCCAGAACCACUUAUCAGUUACGAUCUCUAUGAGAAUUUUUUAAAUGCCUCAGAGGUACAAGAAAGUGCUGAACGAAUAAGAUGUUUGAGUGUAAUAGUAGAAUUAUUACCAAAAUGUAAUAGAAGUGUUUUGGAACGAUUACUGUAUCAUUUAGCACGUGUUGCUAAUCAAGAAUCAGUAAACAAAAUGGGUGCUACAAAUUUGGCACUUAUUUUUGCGCCAUGCAUUUUACGUACCAAUCAAAAAUUGCGUGCACAAGAUCAAUUACGUGAUGUUGAACGACAAGCUAUUUGUGUACAAGCUUUAAUUGAAGAAAAAUUACGACAAUUCCGCUCAACAUUAACUGAAAUUGUUUCGCUUGAAACUGCCAGUGAAAAGAUCGUUGAAAAUUUACGCUUAAUUGAUGAGCAUGAAGAUUCAGUAAAGGAGGAAAUGCAACCAUCAAAUGAACAUUUCGAAACUGCUCGACAAUUAUUUGUGGAACAAUUGGAAUUUUUGGAUAAUGAAAAAGAAAAACUCAUUCAUGAAUUACCACCAAUGGCAUCAUUAGAGGAUCUUUCAUCAUUGGAGGAAUGUAAUAAUACACCAUUAUUGAUUGAUGAAAUAUCACAGGAAGAAUAUGCACUUGAUCUUAAUGCACCACCAAUUUUUAAUACUUUAAAAAAUAUAACAAAAUUACGAUCACAUGGUCCAUCAAGACGUCCACCAAGUCAACAACAACAUAGGCAAACAAUAUUUGAGAAGGAUUUCCCCGGUGAUGUAAAAUUGUUGAUGUAA